UCGUACCGUGCCCGUAGUGUCUUGAAGUGAUCUGAGAGUGAGUGAAAAAACCGAAAAAAACACAACAACGAAUUGUCGCGUUUCUGCUGUGGUGGGUGCCUCUAGCUGUGACUUGAACGAUGAACUUCCCGGUGGCCUUCGUCCUUAUCGCGCUCGUCAUUGGGUUGCUGCAGCUGUCUCCAGCGGAAGGCCAAUAUACAGGUCCAACCCUUGCCUGCGGUGGUACGUCGCUGGUUAAAUCGACCACACUGCUUGCACCGAACAGCAUUGCAGCGAACGGGCUAACCUGCGUCUACACCAUCCGGUCACUCAAUCUGCGCAUCUGUCAGCUUCGAUUGGAUUUCAACUCGUUUAGUCUUGCCCAGCCGACGCUCGAUCCGUACCCGAAAUGCAUCAACGAUGUGUUUUCGGUGGAAAACAUGAACUUCAAUUUAUGUGGUGAAAACAGCGGCCAGCACGUGUAUGUGCCCUUCAACCCUACCAAUGCCGAUCGUACGAUGACGAUCACCUUCCAGAUCGCUAGUCGCUCGCAAAUCCCAACACUGGCCAACCCACACUGGAGCGUCCGGGUGCAGCAGCUCGAGUGUCCAACCGGAAUGGCAGCCGCCGCCCGUCAGUUGGAUCCUUCGGAAAUGCUUCCCCAGAACGCUCGCACGGUGCACGGCGAUAUCGGUCUUCUCGCACCGACCGGCUGCCUGCAGUACUUCACCGACACCUCCGGUACGGUUGAAUCUUUCAACCUUGCCUCCGGUGCGGGACCGUACCUGGGUGGGUUGGACUAUGCCAUCUGCUUCAAGCGUCCUCGCAAUAGUCAACUGUUGCGUCUCAUACCGAUCACCUUCGAGAUCGCAUCGUCCGCUAACCCGACCGCCCAAAAUCCUGGCGUGGAUGAGCUGUGUUAUUCCAGCGUCUCCGUAAUGGCACGAUCCGAGGACAAUCUACACAUUCCGAACGCGGUGGCCCGGUUGCCAGCGUUGCCCGCCCUACGAGCAAGCCGGUUUUGUAGCAGCAGCUUGAGCAACGGAGAAGUGGAUGUCACUGGACCAGGCCCGUUCAUGAUGUACUUUACCAGUGAUCAACUGUUCGAUCCGUUCCAUCGCGAAACUGGCUUCCGGCUGCAGUAUCAAAUCAUGUAAUCCGACGCGUAAACGGGCAGCAGAAAAAACACGACACUCCCCAGCAACCGUUGAUGGCCGGUUUUGUCGGUUUCUCGGAAAAAAAGAUCAAUAGCACACAUACUUAGGCACUCCUGUGUACUGGUUAAAUAAUAAUGUAGCACGUUCAGCAAAAUUGACAAAAUCAACUCGUGAUCCUUACCCGACAGAAGGCGACGUUUUGGGGGGGGAGCGUCAUACU